AUGUCGACCGAGCACGAGAGCACGAGCACCGCACACAAAGGCGUCGUGGAGGAGAUCGAGAAAGGUGGGACGGGUGUGUCCCUGGACCUCCAUGACAAGCACAUGACGCGAAAUAUUCUUUGGAAGCUGGACACCAGGAUAUUACCGAUUCUAGCUGUCCUGUUCCUGUGCUCCUUCCUGGACCGAACUAAUGUCGGAAAUGCUCGACUUUACAAUCUUGAACAAGAUGUUGGGAUGACGGAUCACCAGUAUGAUCAGGGACUUGCGGUCUUCUACGCGACCUACAUUGCGAGCGAGGUCCCUUCUAACCUGGUACUCAAGCGCGUGACACCAGCUGUAUGGCUGCCUUUUCUUACCUUUUCUUGGGGCAUUGUGGCUAUGUGUCUCGGCUUUAUUCAGAACUUUGCUGGCUUUGUUGCUGUGCGAGCGAUCCUGGGGUUCACGGAAGGUGGCUUGUUGCCAGGAAUGAUCCUGUACCUAUCUGGGAUUUAUCGACGAGAGGAGUUGGCGCUGAGAAUCGGUCUUUUCUACACGGCAGCAUCGCUCUCGGGCGCGUUUGGUGGCCUCCUUGCAUACGGUAUUUCCCAGAUCGGGCACCGUGGCGGUCUCAGUAGUUGGCGUUGGAUUUUCGUCAUUGAGGGCCUGUUUACUGCUAUUAUCGGAAUCUUGGUCUACUUUAUCCUCCCCAACGGCCUGGCAACAGCCAAGUUCCUGACGCCCGAAGAACGCGAGUUCGCUGUGAAUAGGCUACAAGGACGCAGCGAUCAGAGCAGUAUUCGUGAGAAGGAGUCAGCGGAGAGGUUCUCGUGGUCUGAAGUUCGGCGCGGCGUGUUGAGCCCGCAGACAUGGCUGACGGCUUGCGCAUACUUCGGCAUCUUAUCCGGGCUCUACUCGUUUGGCCUUUUCCUGCCAACGAUCAUCAAUGCGCUUGGUGGGUACACCGUCUCCGAGACACAGCUGUGGUCGGUUAUCCCAUACGCUGUCGCUGCCGUGUGUACUGUGAUUGUGGCAUUCCUAUCAGAUCGGCUUCGCAUCCGUGGCAUCAUGAUGUUGAUUACUUUACCGAUCGCCAUUAUAGGCUACGCGGUGAUCGCCAACCAUUCAGAUCCGCACGUCAAGUAUGGCAUGACGUUCCUCAUGGCCAUCGGUCUCUACUGCUCUGUCCCGCCGGUCUUGGGUUGGCUCUCGAACAACUCGGCUGGCCACUAUAAACGAGCCACUACGAGCGCCCUUCAACUGGCCAUUGCGAACUGUGGGGGUUUCGUGACUGUUUUUGUCUAUCCCAAGAAACAGGGACCUCAGUACCACGAGGGGCACACAAUUAUUCUCGGGCUGCUUGUGGCUGGCUGGUUCCUCAUUCUUUUCAAUGUCCUCUACUGCUGGAAAAUCAACAGAGACAAGAAGAACGGAAAGUACGACAAGUACAUCGGCUCGAAUGAUGACCGGGAGCCAUCUUUCAGGCUUGUGCUGUAG